CAUUUUUAGAUGCUGAAAUUUUGUGGUUUUACAUACAAAUUUAUUAUAUUGUUAGUUGAGUUUAACUAGAGCCUUAAUUAAAAAUGUGAGGAUUUUAGAUGUCAGCAAAGACAUUUUUGUGAAUGGUUCCAUAAAAUCACCCAUUAAGACUGAAUUUUAAAAUAGAAUCAUUGUGCAUUUAAAAGAGUGCUUCAGAAAGGUUUUGUGUGCUGUGCAUGUGGAUUGGCGGCAUGGUUAUGGUCCCUCCCCCUCAAAGGAUCACUCUUAAUCCCUGAUAAUCUGUUCAUCUAAGGAGCUCAGCCAGUCAUGGCUGCACCAGGGGAGAAUUUGCUUUCAGUUGAGCAUCUUACCAGCAUGGAUCAAAAUACUUUUACCAAACAAAGAGAGCUCUUUAUAAAGAAAAGCAGAGGGAUGCAACUUCAGCAGCGUCUGCAGGAGCUGAAGGAGAGAGAGCGCAGAGCCCAGCAGCACAACAGGCAGGCUUCUCCUGCAGUUUGAGAGAGCCCAGGAGACACUGAAGGAGAUGCUGGCCUGCAACGCUGCCAUGAAAACUAUACGGGUUACAGGAUGCACACAGCCAGCACACAAACACAAUAACCUGCACUGUCAGAUUCUCAAACCGUUUUUAUCUGGCACCAAUCAGAGCGAGACAGAGCAGUUCUGUUGCUGGUGACAAACACAGUGACAGUAAAGGCAUUAAAUUAAAUUAAAUUCAGUAACUAGAAGAUGUUUUAAAGUAACUCAGGAUUGAAAGUUUGUCUUAGAUUUUAACAGUUAUUUAAAUGUACACUUUAACAUUUUCAGAUGGAGUACGAGCGGUACCUGGAGGAAAACCUCCACUGCUGGCAGCAGCAGCUUCAGGAGAAAACUGAGGCCUCUCACAAGAAGAGAAUGGAAGAUUGUUUGAAGACUUAUCUACAGCACAGUAAAGAUCAAGUCUCAACAGCAACAGUUGGUGAGCCUCUGAUUUCACAAGAUCCUUCCAUAAAGGCUCCAAACGUUGAUGCUCCUCAAACGUUUCCCACCGAAGGAAGCUCUGCUUAUAGCCGAGAUCGUUCCUCCUGUCAUCCCCAUCAGGAGUCUUCCUGGUUAACCCAAGCAGGCAUGCCUCCACGGUUCCUCCAAACACCUUUUCAAUCCCAGAGUCUCUCACCUUUCCCUCCACCCAGCUUCCCAUAUCCUCACCCACUUCUGCUGCAACACCUCACCUUCCCAUUCGAUCACCGUCAGCUGUGGGUCAGCUCUGAAGCUGCAGGCCGCCCUCCUGAACACUACAAUCACCUCUGCUCUGACGGGAUCGCUGCGGGAUCUGCAGGUCAGCUCCACACCGAGGAACCGCCAGCGUCGAGUGCUUCUCAAAUUGUAGAGCGAGAAAAUGAGACGAGCGCAGCAAAUUCAAAGAGGGUGAGAGGUGGUGGAGGCGGAAGGUGUUUGUCCUCUGAGCUCGACAUUAAACCAGUCCGUCUCUCUAGCGGACAUGUGGAAAGCAGUGAGAGCGGCAGAGACUCCAGUUUGACCAGCAGAGAAAAGAAGAAAAGAGAGAAGAAAGGAAGAACAGAGGCUUCGUCCUCAGAGUCAGAAAGAUCUGGUUCUCAGAGGUCAUCCAGGACUUCCAGUGAGGUCGUCGCUGCCUCCGGCGCCGUCGCCCUGGACUCAGGAACAAACUGCUCCUCUGAGGAAGGAGGCACAGCAAGCAGGAGGAGGUCAGAGCGAGGCAGGGGGGUCAAUAAUGGGUCACCGCCAUCCGAGAAGGAGGCAGAAGAGCUUAGCAGGAGUGAGGAAGAGGAGCAGACUGAUAGCUUGAGUGAAAAAACGAGAAGUCCAACUCAAGACAAUAAAUCAGGAAGCUGUAGAGGAGAUGAUGAUCUAGCAAAAAGUGAAAAUAGAGAUGAUGAGGAAGUUUACAGCUCCGAGCAAAGCAUUGCAGAAGAAAAGGAUGAAGAAGAAGGAAAGAAAAACCAAAGAUGUGGAGAUGAAGAGAACGAGAAGGAGGUGAAAAGUAAAGAGGGCGGUGAUGUUGAGGAAGACGAUGAGGAGAGCAACGAUGAGGUUCCUCUAAAUAGGAAUCAAAAGGAGGAUAAGGAUGUGGAAGAAGACGAAGAUCAGUCAGAAAAACUGGAGAACGAAGACAGAGACGACGGGGAGGAAGGACUCUGACUCCUCACAGGAUGAAGAUGAGGAGGAGAGAGAAUGUAGUGAGAGGAUAGAAGAGAGGAGGAGGAGGAGGAGUCAAACGAAGAGGAAGACCAACUCAGGAGUGAAGAAGGAGGAGACUCUGAGGACAGCAUCAUCUGUUCCGCAGGAAAACAGGUCCAAACAGAUGAAGAACAUUCCAGAGGAAGCAGCUGAAGAUGAGGAAGAGGAGAGCGACACUCGGUCCUCAAACAAUAAGUCAAAAGAACCAAGUGAUGAAGAAGAUAUUGAGAAUCUUCUGGCACCUCAAGAGCCAAUAAACAAAAA